ACAGCUAUUGCCUUUAGGUAUUAGAAUGUAUAAUGCCGAAAAGAGUUUUAAGUAUUUUGAACGAAUUGAUUAUCAACAAGAAGAGGAAGAAGUAGAAUAUUCAAUCGUAUCAGUUAUUUUUUUCUUUGGGAUGACCGUAAUUUUCAGUCUGAUAAAAUACGCACUUGGGAAAUUCAAGUAUUCACCCCCCAAUGAACCGAUUUUUGCAAUAAUAGGAAUAGCAAUAGGACGAGUUUGUCGAUAUUUAACAGUGCAGACUUGCAUUCAAGUAACAUGCAAAAAACUAUCAGAAUGGAUUAUAGUAGUUGUCCCUGUCAUGUACUACAAAGUUUGCUAUUCUACAGAAUUCAGUAGAAGGAACUCCAAGAUUUUGAUACAGGCUUUAUUCUUCGGAAUAUUGGGUUCUCUGAUAUCUUCCGUAAUCAUUGGAAUCAAUUUGAAAAUCAUAGACGUGGAAAAGUUAACGUUAGAAACGGCCUUAAUGCUGGGACUCUUCUGCGUUCCCGUCUAUCCAACGGGAUCCAAAGAGUUGAGGAGCUUCGGCUCCAACUUGUCCCACGUGGGCAGCCUUCUAGAUGGGGAAGCUUUGGUCGGUACUGUUACCGUAUUCUUCUUUUUGGAAAUAGUGAUGAAACCGCUGGUGGAACACUCUUCUCCUGCAUACUUCCUGCGUUACACGUUGCACUUGGUUGUCGGUUCGGUGGUAGGUUGGAUAUCUGGAAUGACCAUCUGUCGCCUGAUGGUUAAAUUUUCUGAUCUACCGACCACCAUCUUGAUAAUCUGUUUUGUGCCUUUGAUUGUGGGAGUCUUCGUCCAUGUCUCCGGUUAUAACGAAGACCUAACGAUAAUUGUUCAAGUUCUGAUGAUCAGCAAGAACCGCACAUAUCUCAGAAAGGACACUCGUCACUUUUAUGGGCAAUUCAUCAACUUGAUGUACAAUCUCAUCAAUGAUAUGACCUUGGUUUACGUUGGAAUACUUAUAGGGGAACAGUUCACUAUAGUUCAACUCUUUAGCAGUAUCCCCUACAUCGUUUGCAUGUAUAUAGUUGUUAUAAGUGGUAGAUUUUUUUCAUUUGCCGUUCUAUCUUGGAUUUUGAAUAAGUGUAAAUGGGGUUUGAGUCUACCCCAGUUAAUAUUGGUCAUCUGGUGCGGUGUGCCUAGCAUGUUGAAUGUUCUUAUACUGAUCAGUAUCCACCGGAGUUAUGGUUUUCCAAUAGACGAAUUUGGUAUGGUAAUGACAAGGAAUUUGGGCGAAUUGGUCAUUUUAGGCUACAUCAUCAAUACCUGGAGCACGCCACUAAUAUUAUCUUGCCUGGGUUUUAUUCAUAAGUCUCUGGCAAAAGAUGUUAAUAUGGAUAUAUGUUUCCUUGGGAUCAUGAGAACCAGGCAGAUCUCUAUUAUGGUAUUGAAAUUACAAAGAUGGUAUUGCGAUGCCCAUUGGGUGAUUAUUAAAAAUAACACAGAACUUAUACAUCCUCAUGGGAUAAUCAGGAAUGACGUCGAACGAGACAAAGAAAUUUUCCGGUUUGCAGUUUGCAACCAUUGCGAUUUAGAAUUCUUCGUACCACCCACUUUCAAGGAAUACCAAGAAAUGACACGUGAAGCGAGAGGACGUGUAUUGAAAUCCAAGAAGAACUUUUACCUCAGUCAAUACAACAUAGGGAUGCUGAGUGAAAAAUCUUACAAAACGUUGAAUGAUGCUACUGAAAAAGCGUUAGAAUCUUCGAAUGUGGAAUUCGAUACGAAUGAACUUUUGAAUAUGAUUCGAAAAGUUAAUUUGAUGGAUGACAAUUCUCACAGUUUACGCAACACCUAUGAAUACAGAUUCAAGAUGAUGUACGCAUGGAACACGAAGGGUUUCAGAAGAUUCGUCAUGAACAUCGUUAUUCACCCAGUCUUCGAUCAAGCUUUCAAUUUCGUGGCUUUGCUCAACUUGAGCGUGGACAUUUAUUUCUUGGUCACGUUUGUGGAAAACCGUUCGAUCUUUUUAACUGUAUAUGGAUGUUUUUUCGGAGUAUAUUCGUUCGAGAUUAUGUUGAAGCUGUAUUUCUUCUCCAUUCGCAGGAUGUGUGAUGGAAUUUUCAAUUUUUUUCGAUCGGCUUGGAAUGCAAUUGACGCCAUACUCCUUCUGAUGACUUGUUUCGUUAUAAUCAAUACAUUUCAAAGUGUGCAUUAUAAGGCGAUCCUGAUAGGAGCAACCUUGUCUAAGUUGAGGAUUAUUCGGAUAUUGAGAUUAUUCCAACCUUUGAAAUACUGUAAAUCGAUGCUGUCCCUCUUACCAAAUCUUUAUGGAGAUUUCUUAGCUGCAAGAGCAUACGAAACAGGAAAGACGUUCAUCAAAGGUGAACAGGAGCUUAUGCAUGUUGUGCCUGGAAUGGUGAAAGAUCCUAAUAUUACAUCCGACAUUCUGAAGAAAAUGGACGAAGACAUUAUGUUGAUCGCAAGGGAAAUCGAACAAAUUCAAAAGAAUCGUCCUCAAGUGACUAUCAAUAUCAAAACUAAACAAGCAAUUCGAACAGUUCUUAAUUUUCUGAAUGAAGAAAUAGACUAUAUGAAGAUUGCAGGAUGGGUCGACGAAAUCGAAUACAAAUUACUUCUGAAAUCUGUUUACGAGAGAUACUUGCAUCUUCAUUCAUUAAGGACUGUCAAAGUGACUUCGGCAAGAACAUUUUUCGAAGAAAUAUCAUGGUUGAACAACGAUCAAUCAUUAAAGGAAUAUUUGUAUAAUAACUUACAAACCAGAACUUUCUCUUCAGAAGAUUUAAUAAUCGAUAACGGAGAGCAUUCAAGAGGUGUUUACAUAGUAGUCUCAGGUCUGCUGAGAAUGGAAUAUGAACCGGACCACCUCGUUCUGGAACAAUUGGAAUCGUAUGGAGCUCUGCCUGUGGUCGACUUCAUAACAGGCAGCAAUUUCAGAGAAACCAGGAGAGAUUUCAUUGUUGCCGGCAACAGUUUCGGUGAGCUCAGCGUACUCACCGGAAGACCUUACGCUUGCAAUAUUACCGCAGAUUCUCCGUGCGAGCUUAUGUUUAUAGGUGAAGAUUUUAUUAGAAGUGCAAUGGAAUCGGACAACGAUGCAAUAAAUGGAUUGGAAUGCAGAAUGUGGAAGACUAUUUGCAGAAACCUAACCUUCGAGAUUCUGUUGAACGCGCGCCCUUACAGAACAACUCCUGCAGAUCAAGUGAGGCAAUGUUUGGACAGAAGUUUCUUACCAAAACUGAACGAGCUGAAAACAUUCACAAGAAACGAACGUAUCGAAGAUAUGAUUGUUAUAGAUGGAGCUGUCUUAGAUGAAGACACGCAAGCCUAUUUCAUCGCUCCAAGGCAUCUUCCCAGGUCCGUUCAGAAGAUUUCUCUACCUGGAAGUAGUAAAUACUCUCUAGAUACCAGAAUUCUACCUAAAUUAAUAUUAAUAACGAUGUCAGAUGUUGAACUAGAAUAUAUAAUGACGGAGCAAGAAUUCAAUGAAAUAUAAACGAACAUUAACAAUUUAUGAAAAUAAUGCUACAUUAUGAACAGACAUUAAUAAUAUUAUAAUAAUUACAUAUAAGUAGAUAUUUCAAAAUAGAAUAGUGCAUUGUAUUGUUUAUUCGUUGAAUAAUCAUCUAGGUAUCAGUUGUUCUCAUAGAGAAACAAUAAGAUUAUGCUAACAAUAUACAAAUUGCUUCUGUUUGAAUAGAAAUUCAUUUGAAAUCGAAAAUAAAAUGACAGUUAUAUUCCCU